AGGCGGGAGUCACAUUUAAAGCGUGAAUCUGAUUGGCUGGAGGCAUGAAGCAGUGCUCACAUGUAUGACGUAGAACGUUACGUCCUUCCUGCUUGCGUACGUACAGUCAGUUUGGAUGUUGGCGCGAGCUUGAAACUAGCUUGUACAGACUUGAUGCGAAGAGAAAGGGAUUUCUGGUUAAAAUAUAGGGAGAGAGUAGGCUGACUGGGAGGAAAUGGAUCAGUCUAGCAGCAGGUUGUACUCUGUUGGACCUCUGUCUCAGGCGGCUCAGAAGAUCCUGGCUGUUCUACGGGCGCAGAGUCUAAACGAGGCCAGAAACAUCCGCAGCCACUCCUACAAUCACAGGCAAACGGAGAGCUUUUAUGGCAGCCAGAGGGAGUCUUGGGCUCAGAGCAGCUGGACGAAGAGUGAAGAGGAGAGCAAAGACGGCGAGGCAGAGCGACUGUGGUCCAGGCCCCAGGCGUCCUCCUACCAUGACCCCUCUCUUCAGCAGCAGAGCUCUCAGACCUCUGCUUACUAUCAGCGCUCGCAGACACCGGCCCGCUCCCUGUCAUCCCAGGCCUCCUCCUAUUCCUCCUCCUGCUGGGAUUCAACUCUCCAAAGAGAGGCUGAUGCCUAUAAUCAGUGCUCCCAAGGAGAGUACUCUGAAACCCCUGCACAUCAGCCAAGCCAGACUUUGUCUUUCAGUCAGCGUGAGGUGACUGAGUCUGUGCCUUCAUCCUUCCGUAGAGACAGACCCACUUUAUCCCUCGAAACACCCAGGAGUCUUAAACGUACAGCUACACCGUGGGGAAACUUCAGCGAAGAAUUCAGGCCGUUUUUCACCCUCAGUCCCUCUCCAGAUGUCGAGGGCCCUGAUGAGGUUUUGUUCCCCACCGCAAGGCAACAAAACACCCAUGAGGAGGAGCUCUCUUUCGCUUGUCAGCAAGUUUCAACUCGCUUUGACAAAAAUGAAGAGACAGAUAAGAACUCAUCCGUUGCACAGGAAGAGCAGAGAGACACAGAGGGCUGGAACGUCCAAAGAUAUGAAGUAGCUUCAGAUAGUCAAGAAAAGUGGAAGCAACCUCUUUAUCAUCACACUGAAGAGGCCACUAGUGGAGGACAAGACGUGACGUAUCAGCUACCACAAUCUGAAAUAGUCAAAACCAGAAAGAUUCAUCUCCCUUUACGACAGGAGAGCCACUGUGAUGCACUGCUACCUGCACUGAUGAAAAAACUAGUUGGGGAGGCAGACACAGGACAAAAAUUAAGCCUAGAACAUGAAAUGCAGGAUGAAGAUAUCUGGACAGAGAGACGACAUAGGGAUGAUACCCUGAUAAAGGAGAGAAGAUCAGCUGAAGAAAUGGGAGGAACUUGGCUCUUAAAAGCCAAUGAGACAACUAGCUUAGAGCAGUAUUUUACCCCAUGUUCAAUAAGAGUUGAAGACAAAAGCUUAGACUGUGAUACUGACAGGGAAAAGCUUAGAGAGAAAGAAAAGGUUGUCUUCGAUAUCAGAUUUAAUGUACCUGAAAUUAAAGAAGUUGAACAUCCACCUGGCUUUGAGAGUAAAGAGCUACGUGUGGGAUGUCAGACUGACACUCCAGAAAAGAUCUUAGAAUCUACAGAAAUGAAAGACCACAUGGUGAACCACUACCAAGCUCAGAACUCUCAGGACAUGGGCCAGAUUGUGAGUGAAACAGGAGAGAAGCACCACACGGAAAGACCACUGGAGCCAUGUUAGACCAUUGAUUCACUCCUUGCUGAUAACACAGAGAGAACAAAAGAGGAAAGAUCAGAGGUGAUAGAUGCUGCUUUGGAGGUCAGAACAGAGAGCGGGACAAAGCACGGCACUGGCACAAGCACUGAAGAUAAGAUGGAAACAGGGCAGCACUGUUGCUCAGAUAUCAAACUAACGGAGAGACAGUGUGAGAGGGAUGAUAAAGAAGUCAGUGAGUUACCUGGAGGAGACACUGAGUCAGGAGAGAGGCAGGGAAACAGAGAUGAGUCAGUGCUGCCUCAUGUGGACAAGGAGGAUGAGUGUGCGCAUACAGGUGGAAGAAGCGGUACACCAGCUUUGUCCCAGGAGAGCAGAGCAGGGUUUAAAGAUGCUUCUCUGCAUGGGAACCACCAGCACCAAGACAACGAUGAAACUGCUAAUGGAGGUAUCAGAGGGAGUUGCUCAAGCGUGGUAGUGGCCCCAGCAAGCACUUUCCCCCCUGGACAAAAGUCCUCCUCAGUGCAGGACUUGGAUUUAUCUAUUCUAAAAUCCAGCAAAAAACAGGCAGACAGCAACCAGCCUGAUUUCAGAGCUCAAGCUCCCCUGAUUCGCUUCAUUCCCUUGAAGCGAAAGCAUGAGGUACUUCUUCAAGAAGAUGUUCACCCACCUCCUAAAAUCUACCUACCAAGGCGUACUCCAAAGUGGGAGCCACCCUGUUCCUCACAAGAAAAGGCUGGCAAUAAAAAUGGACGAGGAAACAAACUCAAAACACCAAUCCCUGAAGUCUCAGCUCCAUCCACUCAACCUCAGAAUAAACAUAAAUCUGUGAAAGUGCAUAAAAACCUGUGUGCCCUGAAGCAAAGUCCACAAAGUGAGCAGCUGAAGGCUGUAGAAAGCUUUGACACAGCUGCUCCUGCAACCUGCAAACCACCCAAGUACAAGCGGGCCAAAUGUGAUCCGGAUCAGGGAAAGAACUGGUUAAAAGCAUCACAUACAGGAGCAAGUGGAGGUGAGCUACACAGCCAACCCACAGCUGGCUGUCUGACUGCUUCCCUGACAUCUGACCCCAGAGUGAAGAAUUCUGGGAGGAUGGACUCAGAGGAGAAGGUGCAGGUGCUCACAGAGGCUGGAAAGGCUAAAGUGCUGGUGUUAACCUUGGUGUACCGAGAUGGAACGACUCAGUUAGACCCGGUACAGAAACUCACUCCACCAGUCUGUGGCCUCCUCGUACUAAUGAAGAACAAUCUGGACUGCAGCACACAAGAGGACUCGCUCGGGCCAAAAGACAGUCUGGUCUAUUUAAAACUGGAGCACACACCUGCAUGGGCCCAGCAGCACACACACCUGAGCCAAGAGCGCUUCACUAGAGAUGUGCUGCUACAGGUGCUGUCAGGACUUCAACUGGUGGUGUGCUAUAAAGCUAAGGAUCUGCUGCGUACAGCUCUGCAGGUUUAUAGAAGAGACCUCAGCUGGAAACAAGUAGCAGGAUGUCACAUCCAGGACCCUCAGGUGUCAGGGUGGCUACUGGAUCCUGCAAACCCCUCCUCUUGCUACCAGGAGCUUCUGAAUAAACAUAGCAAAAGACCCUGUGCAAUACCGGCCCUGGGUACCAAGAAGGUUUCUCAGGUCAUCUCAGGUCUCUGUUUGCUUCACUGGCUGAACACGGAGCUUUGCUCUAAACUGCAGAGCUGGGGGCUGUGGGGGCUGUACUCGGGCAUGGAGCUGAAAAUGAUCUCUGUUCUGGCAGCCAUGGAGAGCCAUCGCAUCCAUGUGGACAAAGAAGCUCUUAAGAGAACCUCAGACCUGCUGGGGACUAAGAUGAAGCAGUUGGAGCAGGAGGCCCACCGAGCGGCUGGACAAAUCUUCCUGGUCACCAGCAACGCUCAAUUACGAACAGUUUUGUUUGAGAAGCUGUGCCUCCAAGAGCGCUGCGAGAACAAGAAGCUUCCCAAAACCGUCAACAAGCAGCAGCAGUCCACAUCAGAAGCUGCGUUGUUGCAGCUUCAGGACCUGCACCCCCUGCCAAAGAUCAUUCUGGAGUACAGACAGGUUCACAAAAUCAAGUCCACUUUUGUCGACGGGAUUCUCUCAUGCAUGAUGAGCAAGAACUACAUUUCUUCUACGUGGCAUCAGACCAGCGUGGUGACGGGAAGAAUCUCAGCCAAGCAUCCAAACUUCCAGGCCCUGCCGAGACAGCCGCUUCAAAUCACCAAGCAGCAGAACAUCCAAGGAAAGGAAGAGGUGGUGACUGUUCAUCCUCGGGCAAUGUUCAUUCCUCAGGACGGGUGGACUUUCCUCUCUGCAGGAAAAGUUCAACCUGGAGGCACGUCAGAAGACUUCUGCCAGGUGGAGCUGCGUCUGCUGGCUCACCUCUCCUGUGACCCUGAGCUGCUCCGCAUUUUCAUCAACCCGCAGGCCGACGUCUUUACCAUGCUGGCCUCCCAGUGGAAGGGGGUGAGUGAGGCUGAGGUGACUUCUGAGGAUCGAGAACAUGCCAAACGUGUCGUCUACUCUGUUGUGUACGGGGCAGGUCGAGAGCGUCUGUCUGGGAUCCUUGGGGUGAGCGCGGAGCAGGCCAGCAGAUUCCAGGACAGCUUUCUGCAGACCUACAGGGAAGUCCAGACCUUCAUCCAGAGGACCAUCCAGCAGUGCCAUAAACAAGGUUAUGUUCUCUCCAUUAUGGGUCGUCGACGCACUCUCCCGAAUAUAAACUCCCCUGACUGGGGCAUCCGCAUGCAGGCUGAGCGGCAGGCUGUCAACUUUGUGGUCCAAGGUUCAGCCGCUGAUCUCUGUAAGAUGGCGAUGAUCCGAAUUUUCAACCUGGUCUCCUCCUCCAGCUCGCUCUCCGCCAGGCUGCUUGCUCAGCUCCACGAUGAGCUUCUGUUUGAGGUUGUGGACUCACAGCUGGAGGAGUUUGCAGCAGCUAUGGUGAGGAGCACCAUGGAGUCUCUUCAGCACAUAGAUCACCUUGGAGUCCAUCUUAAGGUCCCCCUGAAGGUGGCGGUCUCCAGUGGCAAGUCUUGGGGAUCCAUGUCUGAGCUGAACAUCCCUCCAACAUGUCUAGUCCCCCCUCCUCUUCCCUGACUCCUCCCUCCUCCCCAUCCUUCAUUUUUCUCCCUUUAUCCUCCCCAUGUGUUGGAUCAUCCACUCUCUCUUUCCUGCUCCUGGCGUUCGCUCUGCUCUGUCAGUAUGUUCUCAUCUUUUGUUGUUCCACUUCUCUCAUCACACCGUCUCUCGGCCUAUCUCUCCCUCUCCCAUCGCUCGUCCUGCAUCCACAUUGCUAUGGAAACCAGGCAGCUGCAGCUCUUUCCAGGAGCCACAGACUGGAUCGCACCAGUUAUUUCUCUCUCUCUCUCUCUCUCUCUCUCUCUCUCUCUCUCUCUCUCUCUCUCUCCCUCUCUCUCCAUCCUGCAAAAAAAAAAAGCUCCCCUGUCCUCCUCCCCUGCUCAGUUUUCACACUCUCUUGUUAAGGCUGUUCUCUCUGCCUUGUUGCCAAGAUGAAAGUAUGCAUUUCAGAGAGUGCUGGAUGUUAAAGUGGAUGUUACUGCAUUUUUAAGACGGAUAUAUCCAUAUGCAUGAAAUAUGUGGUGUUAUUUUAUCUCAAAAUGUCUAGUUUUGUUAUUUUCAUGCUUCUUUUUGCCAAAUGAGCUUGCAAUAAUUCUGCGAGCUGUUGCAGGUUCCCACUCAGAAAAUCCCAAUGACCUCUCCUAUCUGUUUCAUUUUCACAGGCAGUGUUUUCAUGGUUCACUUCACACUAAUCCUGAGUUAAUUUUCAAGCUUGCAUGUUACAUUUGAGAGCAUUUUUACGCUGAUGUUCUGCAUGAAAUAACCUCAAUUUAAAUUAAAUGUUCAAAUUCCAUUUAAAGAGAGAAAUGUGGGUGAAAGAAAUAAAGAGUUUUAAAAAGA